ACAAGAGGUUGUAAAACAAAAACUCCACUCCAUUCUUACCUUCCUAGCUGCCACUAUAUCCUGUUACAGUUAAAACAAAGCCAUGGACCCUGAGUAUUUCCAAUCUUAUGAGAUGUGCUGGGGCACCCUGGGAACGGUGCGACCCUUCGCCAAUUUCCACUCUGACCUGGAUGCCAUGGAGAUCCAGAAAGCGUUGGAAAUGAAAGAUGCAGGGACUCUGGUGAGAAUCUUGACCAAUCGGAACAACGCUCAGAGACAAGAGAUCGCCAAGGCCUUUGAGGAAAUGACACACAAGGACUUGGCAGCGGCUCUGAAGAAGGCUCUGUCUGGAGAGCUGGAGGUCCUCCUGUUGGGGCUGCUGAUGCCUCCUCUGCAGUAUGAGGCAUAUCGCCUGCAGCAGGCCAUGGUGGGUAUAGGAACAGAUGAGGAAACACUACUGGAGAUCCUGUGUACACAUUCUGGGAUGGAGCUCCAAGAAAUCAGUGCUGCAUACAAAGAAAUUUAUAAGAAGGACCUGGAUAAGGAACUGAAAGGAGAAACCAGUGGAGACUUUUACAAGCUUCUCAUGGCUUUGUUGAAUAAAGACGAGGUUCCUGGCGGGGUUCGAAGAGAUAUUGAGGCUCUCUCUGCCACACUGAAUGGGAAAAAAGCUGAGGCAGGACCGUGGAUUGACAUACUGACCUCUCGAGACUCGGACCAUCUGAACAAAGUGCUGAUGGGACUGGAGCUGGACAUUGGGCAGAUGGUGGAUCAGGCUCUGGAGAAAAAGUUUUCGGGAGACACUCGACUGGGUUUGAAAGUUUUAGUGGAAUGCAUUCAAAGCCCUGAGGGCUACCUCGCUAAGAGACUAACUGCCACCAAGACACCCAUAUUGCAGGGGAUAAUGGUGUCUCACUCUGAGGAGGAUCUGCUGUGUAUCAGAACAGCCUACCUCAAAUUAACAGGCACGUCCCUCUACACUGCUCUACAGAAACAGUUCAAAGGAGAUCAUCUACAGGCUCUGCUGGCCAUCUGUCGAUCUGAAGAUUAAACAUAAACUACAGCAUUUUUU